CCUUCUCCCCCUCCCCUCACCCCGCUCCCUGUCCGCGUUCCCGGCUCGGCAGGAGCGGCAGGAGGGGCCCGAGCAGAGCGGAGCGGGCAGCGCCGGGGAUGGGGCGCGGCUCAGCGGGACCGCGGUCCGUCUGCUCCUCGCUGUGCCCCCCCCUCCGCGGCCCCCUCUGCUGCCUCCUCGGGCUCCAGCUGGUGCUCGGCGCUGCGCACCCAGACUCCAAAGUCUUUCUCAUCUACAACACGGGCACGCAGGGCUGCCUGGAGACCAAGGACUCGCUGGUGCGACUGGCCAAGGGCUGCAACACCAGUUCCCCAGCCCAGGAGUGGAAAUGGGUCUCCCGAAAUCGCCUCUUCAAUGUGGGGGCCAUGCAGUGCCUGGGAGUAUCAUGGCAUGGGACCAAUGCCACAGCAGGGCUGCGCCUCUUGGCCACCUAUGAGUGUGACCGCGAGUCAGUCAACAUGCGCUGGAGCUGCCGUGGGCUCGGGGAGCAGCUCUCACAGCAUCUAGGUGCCCGCCUGGGCAAUUCCUCCUUGGACAGGGGGGACCAGGUGCAUGGUUCACAGUGGAGGACGUAUGGCACCGAGGAAGAUCUGUGCUCCAUGUCCUACUCUGAGAUUUACACCAUCCAGGGCAACUCCCAUGGGAAGCCCUGCACCAUCCCCUUCAAGUACGACAACCAGUGGUUUCAUGAGUGCACCAGCACAGGACGGGAGGAUGGGCACCUCUGGUGUGCCACCACCCAGGACUAUGGCAAGGAUGAGCGGUGGGGCUUCUGCCCCAUAAAGAGCAAUGACUGUGAGACGUUUUGGGACAAGGACCACCUCACAAACAGCUGCUACCAGUUCAACUUCCAGUCGACCCUGUCAUGGCAGGAAGCCUGGAAUAGCUGUGAGCAGCAAGGGGCCAACCUGCUGAGCAUCACAGAGAUCCAUGAGCAGACCUACAUCAAUGGUCUGUUGACUGGGUACAGCUCCACGCUCUGGAUUGGCCUGAAUGACCUGGACAUCAAUGGAGGCUGGCAGUGGUCAGACAACUCGCCCCUCAAGUACCUCAACUGGGAGAAUGACCAGCCCGACAACCCCAGUGAGGAGAACUGUGGGGUGAUUCGCACCGAGUCAUCCGGGGGAUGGCAGAACCGUGACUGUGGCAUCGCCCUCCCCUACGUCUGCAAGAAGAAGCCCAAUGCCACGGCUGACCCCUUCCUGACGGACUCAUGGUCAGAGGUGAAGGUGGACUGUGAGCCCAGCUGGCAGCCCUUCCAGUCCAACUGCUACCGGCUGGUAGGAGAGAAGAAGAGCUGGCAGGAGGCGAAGAAGACCUGCCUGCGGAGCGGGGGUGAUUUGGUCAGCAUCCACACGCUCUCUGAGCUGGAAUUUGUCACCAAGGAGAUCAAGCAAGAUGUGGAGGAGCUCUGGAUUGGUCUAAAUGACCUCAAGCUGCAAAUGAACUUUGAGUGGUCAGAUGGGACACCUGUGAGGUUCACGUACUGGCACCCCUUUGAGCCUAACAACUUCCGUGACAGCCUGGAGGACUGUGUUACCAUCUGGGGACCGGAAGGGAGGUGGAAUGACAGCCCCUGUAACCAGACCCUGCCCUCCAUCUGCAAAAAGCCUGGUCGGGUGAGCCAGGAGAAGGAGGAGGAUGACCACGGGUGCCGAAAGGGCUGGAAGUGGCACAGCCCAUCCUGCUUCUGGCUGGGCGAGGACCGUGUCCCCUACAGUGACGCCCGCAAGAUGUGCUCUGACUACAGCUCUACGCUGGUUACCAUCACCAGCAGGUUCGAGCAGGCAUAUGUGAGCAGCCUCAUCUAUGGCUGGGAUGGGGAGUAUUUUUGGACAGCUCUGCAGGACAUCAAUGAGACAGGCGCAUUCCACUGGCUGAGCGGUGAUGAGGUGACGUACACUCACUGGAACCGCAACCAGCCCGGUUACAACAAGGGUGGCUGCGUAGCCCUGGCCACCGGCAGCUCCAUGGGGCUGUGGGAGGUGAAGAACUGCAGCACCUUCAAGGCUAAGUACAUCUGUCGACAGAACUUGGGCACCCCAGUCAAUCCUGAACUGCCCAGUCCUUUCCCCACGCCCAGCCUCACUGCCACCUGCCCCCCAGGAUGGAGCUCCAACCCCAAACUUCGUCACUGCUACAAGGUAUUCAACUUUGAAAAGCUGCAAGAGAAGAAGACGUGGAUCGCUGCACAGGAAUUCUGCCGGGAGCUGGGAGCCCAGCUGCUCAGCCUAGGCAGCUAUGAGGAGGAGCAUUUUGUUGCCAACACUCUCAACAAGAUUUUUGGGGAGUCAGAACCGGAGCUCCAUGAGCAGCACUGGUUCUGGAUUGGCCUGAACCGGCGGGACCCUGCUGGGGACCAGAGCUGGAGGUGGAGCGACGGGCUGGGGUUUUUCUACCACAACUUUGACCGCAGCAACUAUGAUGAUGAUGACAUCCGGAGCUGCACAGUGCUGGAUCUGGCCUCCCUGCAGUGGAUGCCAAUGCAAUGUGAAGCCCAGCUGGACUGGAUCUGCAAACUGCCCAAAGGUGUCGAUGUGAAGGAGCUGGAGAUCACAACCCAAGGCAGCAAAGAGUGGGUGAAGUACCAGGAGGCCGAGUACAAGUUCUUUGAACACCACUCAACAUGGCUGCAGGCAAAGCGCAUCUGCAGCUGGUUCCAGGCUGAGCUGACGUCAGUGCACAGCAAGGCUGAGCUGCACUUCCUGGGCCAGAACCUGAAGAAGUUCUCCAGGGGCCAGGAGCAGCACUGGUGGAUUGGGCUGCAGACCUAUGAGAACGACGGGAGGUUCAAGUGGUCUGAUGGGUCCCUCCUCAACUUUGUCUCUUGGGCACCAGGCAAGCCUCGGCCCAUCAGCAAGGACAGGAAGUGUGUGUACAUGACCGCCAGCCGAGAGGACUGGGGGGACCAGAAGUGCAUGACAGCGCUUCCUUACAUCUGCAAGCGAAGCAACGGGACAGCUGUGAAGCCUUCUCUCUUUCCGGUACCUGCUGCCACAAGUGGAGGCUGUCCCCAAGGCUGGCUGCCCUUCCUCAGCAAGUGUUUCAGCUUCAAUGGCCACAACAAAGGCGAGAUAGUGAAGUGGCCAGAGGCGAAGCAGUUGUGUGAGAACCAGGGCGGCAUCCUGGCCACCAUUGACAGCCCCCUGGAGCAGGCCUUCAUCACAUCCAUGCUGCCCAACAUCUCCUUGGACCUCUGGAUUGGCCUGCAUGAUGCCCAGGGGGAGUUCCAGUGGGUGGAGGGGGAACCGCUGCGGCACGUGAGCUGGGCACCUGGAGAGCCCUCAGGCUGCAGCUCCUCCAGCCCCAAUGACAAGCCGACCAACUGUGUUGUGGUGUGGCAUGGCUCACCCCCCCUCUUCACGGGACGCUGGGAUGACCGGAGCUGCCUGGAGGAGAAACAUGGCUAUGUCUGCCAGCGGAGCAUAGACCCGUCCCUGAGCCCUGUGCAGGCACCAUUUCCCCCUUCUCCUACUGGCACCCUCUUUUACCACAACAGCACUUACCGCAUCCUGCAGAAACCCCUCAGGUGGCAUGAGGCGCUGCUGCUCUGCGAGACCCUCAAUGCCACCCUGGCCACCAUCUCCAACCCCUACAGCCAGGCCUUCCUCACACAGGCCAUCACCAGCCUGCAGACUCCGCUCUGGAUUGGGUUGGCCAAUGAUGAGGGAGGCCGGAGCUACUUGUGGCUGACGGAGGAGAAUCUCAUCUACACUAACUGGCAGGAUGGGGAGCCCCAACAGAUCACUGGCUGCUCCUACAUGGACAUGGACGGGAGCUGGCGCACAGCUGGCUGUAACACCAGGCUGCAGGGGGCCAUCUGUCAGUUCCAAACAGGUCACCCCCGCAUGCACAAGUGGACCUACAGUGGCAGCUGUCCCAAAUCGCUGGAGGACUCGUCCUGGAUCCCCUUCCGGGACCACUGCUACACCUUCCACAUGGAGAUCACUCUUGGGCAGAAGGAUGCCAUGAAGAGAUGCCAGAAAGUUGGCGGCACAGUGUUGUCCAUCCAGGAUGAAAUGGAGAAUGUCUUUGUGUGGGAGCAUCUCCAGGCGUACGAGGGCCUUUCCAAGGGGGCCUGGCUGGGCAUGACCUUCAACCCCAAAGGUGGCACCUUGGUCUGGCAUGACAACAGUGCCGUGAACUACUCCAACUGGGGCCAGCACGACACGGGGCCCAGCAUGCUUAGCCAGAACAGCUGCUACUGGAUCCAGAGCAGCAACGGCGUGUGGCGUCUAGGCUCCUGCACAAACGUAACCAUGGGGGUCAUUUGCAAGAUCCCCCGAGUGGAGGAGAGCAGCUUUUCCAGGGCAGCUCUGCCAGAGAACACAACAGCCAUCGCAGUGGUUGUGCUGUCGACACUGGCACUGUGCACCGUACUGGGGGUCGUUGUCUUCCUGUACAAGCGCCGACAGAGUGCAGAGCAGGGCGCCUUUGAGAGUGCUCGCUACAGUCGCACCACCUCCAACCCCAGUGAAUCUGCCGAGAAGAACAUCCUGGUGUCAGACAUGGAGAUGAACGAGCAGCAAGACUAAUGGCAGAGGGGACGCUGGGGAUGGGGAUCUGGGGAGGGGGGAGGAUGGAGAGCAUCAUGCAUGCUAUCCCCAUGGUGCACGGGGCAGGGGUGGCAGCAGGACUGGUAUGGCAGGGCAGGGAGAGGGGCUGGGAUCAGGGUUGCAGUCCAGCCAGGUGGGCAACAGGAGGGAGCCAGGGUCCCUCCUGCCCGGCAUGUCACUGCUGUCACCUCUGGGCUUGUCCCCAGCUGCUGGGAUUUUGCCUGCAGCAGCUGUGGUGGCAGUUUCAGAGCUAAAAAGUUUUGAGAGAAGUUGCUGCACAAGUUUGAGAGCUUUCCAGCGGCACGAACAGGCUCCAAGACACCUUUGCCUUGGGAGAAGGCAAGCGCAGGGAUUCAGGGCCCUGCAGCAGGCUCUUCCCCCAGGAACCGAGCUGGUAUCCACGAAGACAUCCUCCCCGGCAAGAGGUCUCCAAAGCCGAUCUACCUCCCCUCUGUGUGCAGCGGCAAGGGCCCUGCCAGCUCCCAGCCCCACCACUGUGCUGCUCCUUCCCUCUCUUCGGCCUCAUCCCCGCCUCCAGCAGAAAGCAGAGACACUGUUGCGACGAUCUUAGCAUGGAGCCCCACAGGAUCAGCGAUGGAAUCCUCUUCUCCCUGGCACAUUCCUAGGGCUGUGCACAGCCCCAGGGAUGCUGUGGCAGCUUCCCUGCUCUGUAAGCCAGAGCUUGUCCCAUUUUCUUUGAUGUGUGUGCCCCAAAUAACUGCACGGGAGAGCACCACAGCAAAAUGCUGGCCCAGCCUCUCUGGUGGAGCGCCCUCAGCACCCCGGACCCCACAGGUGGAGUUGGGUGCUGAGGCAGGAGAUGCUGCCAGAGAUCUGGGACCACCCUCUGUGCCUUGUCAGGCAGGGGUGGCAUGGGGCUGGGGUCACUUGCUGCUGGUGCCUUGUUGGGCUCAGAAGGCUGAGGAUCAGUGCUCUAGGGUGGGGAGGAAUUGGGAAGUUUUGGUGGUUGUUUUGAAGUUGGUGGUUUGUUGGUUUUCUAAGGAAAUUAUAGUAGCUUUUGUUGCUAUACUGUACUGAGUGCGUACUGAAUAUAUACGUUUUUUCACACAGCUGACUGGGGUGUGUGUGGUUGCCUGUUUCCAUGUAGGGUGUAGCAGAGGAGGAGGUGGAGGAGGACGAAGGCAGUGUAUGGCUUCCUGCCUGGCUUUUGAGCUGUGCGGAAGUAGUGGGGGUGCCCAGGGCUGAGCCAUCCUCCAUCAGCUGCAUGCAGCAGCAUCCUGGGACGAAGGAUGCCUGGAGACAGCGAGAGUUGUUAGGUCCUCAACGAUGGUUCCCUGCUAGGAAUGGGAUCCAAAGAGCCCCUUGGACCUCUGAAGUGGGGUGACACAGUCCUACAAAAGAUGUUGCCUUUAGCCCUCUGCCUCUGAGGCUGGAGUUGGGGUUGGUUUUGCUGUAAGAAUAGGAACAAGAAAAUUUUUCUAAGUCUGUUUUUUGACACCCGUGUGCAUUUUAAAAUCUGUUGAUUUCACUUAAGCUGGACAUUAGGUGUUUAAAAAAUUGUUGGCGGGUGGAAUGGGGGAACCGGGUACUGCUGAGUUUUUGUUUAAUUUUUGGCAACCUAUGAAAGCUGCCAUGAAAUUUCAGGGUGAGGAAGAAUCUGGAGCACAUAGAUCUGCCCCAGCUCCAUUUCUCUCUCUCAGCUUUCUCUACCUUUAUUUCCUGAGGUCCUUUCUAGUUUGGAGCAGUUGGUUCUGUCCAUGAGCCCAUGCCCUCCUGAUGUGGGAACUAGAGCCUGAAAAGACAAGUGUGAAUCCCUUCUCAUCCCCAGCAUCUGGAAUUCCUGCUGCAGGGCUGCUUGGAAUAGCAUCCUGAGCUGGAAGCUGUGCAGCUGGUGGGGGUGGAGGUCUAGGAUUAACUCCUGGCUGAGCAGAAAUGUUAGGAAGUCCUAAAAAAUAAAGAUUGAGGUUAGGAUUGAUGGGCGGGUGCGAGGGCGGAGCAGUGCUGCGGGUGCAGCUGGGCAGAGCUGGGGCUCCUUUGAAGUGAUGAGACCCUGCGCAGGGUGGGAGCAGGGUAACACGGGGCAUUAUGGGUGGAAUGGUGGGGAGUGAUAGGUGCUGGAGGAAAUUCUGUGCCAUGGAGAGGCUGGGAAGGAGAUCCCAUAGCCAUGCAGGAGUUGUUAAACUUGGCUCUCACCCAGUCCAACCUGGAAGACCUUGCUUAAGAGAGUUUUCUUUUUUCCUUUCUUCUGGAUUACUUUGUAGUUUUUCCUUCUCCUUUGCUUUUGAGAAAAUAAAUCUGUACAGUCUAGGAGAAAUGUUGUCUGAGAAGAGUUUUGUGAGUUGUUGGCACUGAUCAGGAUUACAGGGAAACACAUAUAUGGUUACAUGAUAUCAUCUAUCACCAUUAGAUAAUGUGAAGAAUUGCUUAACAGGACCCUGUCAAAUAUAUAUAUAUAUAUAUAUAUA